AUGGCUACCCCCAGUGUUCUCACUUUUGACGCUGAGGGUCGGGCCAUUGACUUUGACGUCUGGGUAGAUGACCUGCAGCUUUUCCUACAGUGCGAUAGGGCAGACGGUCUCUCCCUCUUUGACCUCACCUCUGGUGCUUCUCCUGCCCCUACUGCCGAUGCCGACGCCACCGUUCGCUCACAGUGGGCCACUCGCGAUGCUGCUGCACGUCUUGCUGUGCGUCGCCACCUUCCUACCACUGAGCGCGCGCACUUUAGUCAGUACAAGAGUGCUCAGACCUUUGACACUCGCUACCGCGCUGCGCUUCCUGCUGACUUCUGCGCCAAGAACCCCCCCCCCAUGUACAUCACUCUCUACUACUUAGUCACUCGCCUCCCUGACUCCCUUCGCGUAGUCAGGGACCACUUCCUCUCAGUCUGUCCCACCACUCUCACUGUUGACCUCCUCGAGAAGUCCCUCCUAGCGGCUGAGAAGAGCAUAGUCGCUGUAGGGGCCUCUCGUGGUGACCCGCGCACCCCCAUCUUUGAGGGGUGUUCCCCCUCCCCCCUUCUGCCCUCUGUUGCCUCUGCUGCUGCGGCCGACCUCCUUGGUCUUGAGUCGGUCGGUGCGGCGUCUGCCCCUAGCGGGAGACGCCGCUCUAGCAAGGGCAAGGGGGGCAGGGGCACUGGAGGGGCGAGCGGGGGCGGUGGAGGUGGAGGUGGAGGCGGCGGGGGGAGUGGGGGUGGCGGUGGGAGUGGUGGUGGGGGUGGAGGUGUCGGUGGCGGCAGUGGAGACGGAGGAGGCGGCGGCGGUGGCGGUGGGAGCGGAGGUGGCGGAGGUGGCGGCGGUGGAGGAGGCGGCAGAGGCGGCGGUAGUAGCGGCGGCGGCGGAGGCGGCGGAGGCGGCGGGGGUGGCGGUGGAGCUGGUCGUGGGUCUACGCAGAGGAGAGGCUCCGGUGGUGGUCCGCGCCAGCAGCAGCAGCGCGGUCGUGAGACCCUGUCCCCUCAGCAGCUCCGUGAGUGGUACACUGCACGCCAGCGGGGUGGGGGUUUUGGUCCGUGCACCUACGUCCUACGCACCGGCGACCGUGCGGGUGAGCAGUAUGGGGGUGCGCGCCCCACUCAGCGCUGCUUUGGCCGCCUGACGGACGCGUGGCGUCACCAGUUCCCGGAGGCCACAGAGAUCCCUCACUGGGGCGAGCUGUCUAGGGCGGGUGUUGCCAUCUAUGAUCUUGAUUUUGAUGCUAUUCUUUCUGCCAUGUAUGCUGUCUCCUCCAGUUGUUGA